AUGCGCGGACGUGCGGCGGGGGAGGAGGACGACGCGCCGAAGCGGCGCAGCGGCAAUGUGUCGCACAUUGGAAACAAGCACAAGCGGCAAGAUGUGUACCGUGAGUACCGCAAGGAGAAGCGCCGCGAAAAAUUGCAGCGGCGUCUCAAGACCGCCAAGGAGGAGCGGACCUCGGCGGAGGGCAAGCAAAAGAAGAAGGAGCGCCUGGCGCAGAACAAGACGCGCACCAUUGAAAACUCGCGCACAUACAAUCCGACGGUGCUGAAUGUGCCGAACACGCACGAGGUGCCGGCGUGGAUGAAGCAGGAAAAGGCAGAGGCGGCGCAGGAGGCUGGGGCGGAGGACGACGACGACGACGACGACGACGAGGUUGACGAAGACGAUGAAGAAGAGGACGACGACGACGACGACGACAAAGACAGCGACGAUGAGCAGCCCGAGGAAGUCCAGGAACCCGAAGCGGCGCAAGAAGACCUGCCGGACCUGGUCGAUCCCCACCAAGCCAAGUACGACGUCGACGCGGAUCCCAGCGCACCGCCUGCGAUCCUUAUCACGACGUCGCUCCCGUCCAACUCUACAUCGCCGCACCUCGCGUCGGCCAACGCACGCAGCCACCCUGCCGAAGCCGUGCGCGACUUUGUCAAGGAGCUCCUCAACGUCUUCCCCGGCGCCGAGUACCGCCCCCGUGCCAAGGCCAAAGGCGCGGGCCUCGGCAAGAUUAGUUCCUGGGCGCGUUCGCGCCGUUACGAUGCCGUGAUGGUCGUCGGCGAGUCGAACAAGAAGCCGUGCACGCUCACGCUCGUGCAGCUCCCGCUGGGUCCCACGGCGCUCUUUCGCCUGACGUCCAUCUCGAUGGGCAAAGGGAUCUAUGGCCAUGCGCGGUCGACGGGCCACAGCCCCGAACUGAUCCUGAACAACUUUACGACGGCGCUCGGCCACCGCGUCGGCCACAUGCUGCAGCACCUCUUCCCCAAGGUCCCCGACCUCGAAGGACGCCAGGUGGUCACGGCGCACAACCAGCGCGACUAUGUCUUUUUCCGGCGGCACCGCUACGAGUUCCGCUCCACGGAAAAGGCGGCGCUGCAGGAGAUCGGCCCCCGCUUUACGCUCAAGCUCAUCUCGAUGGCCGCCGGCCUGCCCAAGGGCGCCGGCGCGUGGAACGGCCGCUUUGUCGACGACCUCGAGACCGAGGCGCCGCCCGCCGACGAGGAGGACGUCGAGCACGCGGCGCCCGACGACGGCAUCGAGUUCAAGUGGAAGCCCAAGAUGAGCGCGUCGCGCCGCAACUUUUACCUGUAG